AUGCUCAAAAACCGCCAAAACAAACCAGCAUUUCAAAAUUCAAUCAAAAAUCAAAACAAAAACAAAAAAAUUAAGUUGGCUAGACUCCCAGAUGACAUAAGCAGAUGGACCCCAACUUAUUAUGAAAAAGGUGAAAAAGUGAAUUUAUUAGUUAAUAGAGUUGAAUCAGAUUCAACUCAAUUGCCCUAUGCAUAUUAUGAACUUCCAUUUAUAUGCCCCCCUACAAAAGAUGCUAGACCUUUACAUCUUUCCUUAAAUGAAGUGAUAAGAGGUGAUAGAAUUUGGGGUUCAGAUUAUAUCCUGAAUUUUAAUGAAGAUGCUGCAUGUCAUAGAUUAUGUGAUCGUAUAACAAGACCUCAAGCUAUCAAGAGAGCUGAUGAAUUAAUAAGAAGUGGAUAUGUUGUUGAAUGGCAAAUUGAUGAUUUACCAGGUGCUACUACUUUUAUAAGUUCAACUGAUAAUAAAAAAUAUUAUGCUGCAGGAUUUCCUUUAGGUUUUGUUAGAGAUGGUAAUACAUAUUUAAAUAAUCAUGUUAUGCUUGUUAUUAGAUUUCAUACUGAAAAAGAUGGAAAAAAGACAAUUGUUGGAUUUGAAGUUUAUCCAAGAAGUGUUAGUGAUUUCCAUUGUCCUGGUGCCUCAAAGAAUCAUGAACAUUUUAUGUUAAAUCCAGAUUCAAAUGAAAAUGUUGUUAUUCCAUAUACUUAUGCAGUUUAUUGGAGAGAAGAAUCAAAAGUUUCAUGGAGUGAAAGAUGGAAUUUAUAUUUCACUGGUGAAGUUAAUGAUGAUCAUAUCCAUUGGAUUUCAUUAAUCAAUUCACUUGUCCUCGUAUCAUUCCUUUCUGCAGUUGUUGGUGUUGUUUUAUUAAGAACUUUAAAUCGUGAUAUUCAAACUUAUAAUAAUAGUAAUAUUGAUAUAGCAACUGAUAAUAUUCCAAUUGAAAGUGAUAAAAGUGAUAAUUUUAAUAAUUCAGGUUGGAAAUUAAUUUCAAAUGAUGUAUUUAGAGAACCUAAAAAACCUUUAUUGUUAUCAAUAAUUUUAUCUUCAGGUGUUCAAGUGUUUUUCACAAUAAUUGGGGUAUUAAUUGUAUCAGUAUUGGGGAUUUUGGGUCCAAAUAUUAGAAAUAGUGUUCUUACUGCAGCUUUAAGUUUUUUCAUCAUUGGUGGAACUGCUGCAGGUUAUUCAGGUAUAAGAUUUUUCAAAAUGUUUAAAAAUGAACAAAAUGGUAUUAAUUCAAUUAAAUAUUCAAUUCUUUUCGGCGGAACAUUACCAUUUCUUGUUUUAUUAUCAGUUUUAAUCUUAAAUUGUAUUGUUUGGGCAAAAGAUUCAUCAGUUGCUUUACCAUUUGGUACUGUUGUAUUAUUAAUUACAUUUUUUUUGGUACUUGAAGUUCCAUUAUCAAUAAUUGGUGGUAUAUUGGGUAAUAAAUCCAUUCCUCCAAAAAACAAUGCAAAUUUAAAUUUACCAGUUAAAAAUGUUGGAGCUCAACCAAAAUUUCUUAAAUAUUUUUAUUCAAUUCCAAUUUUUGGUGUUAUACCAUUUGGUACAAUUUAUGUUGAAUUAUUAUUUGUUUUCAGAUCAGUUUGGUUAGAAAAAACUUCAUUUUAUUAUAUGUAUGGAUUUUUAUCAUUUACUAUCUUAUUAUUAAGUGUUGUUGUUAUUGAAUGUGUUAUUGUGGCAAUUUAUUUAUCAUUAAUUUAUGGAGAUUGGAGAUGGCAAUGGAGAUCUUUUUGGAUUGGUACAAGUGUUGCAUGGUAUAUUGAAAUUUAUUCAAUUUAUUAUUUUUUCAGUCAUUUAAAAGUUACAGAUUUCCCUUCAAUUGUUUUAUUUUUCUCUUAUACUACUAUAUUAAGUAUUUUAAUUGGUAUUGCAACUGGUGCUUUAGGUUUAUUUGCAGCUUCAACAUUUAUUUAUAAAAUUUAUGGUGCUAUUAAAGCUGAUUAA